UUCCCAACUGGACAAUGCCACAUUGAAUGCAGAAAAAACAUCAGGGGGGACAUCACCUUAUGCACAGCUCUCGAAAACUCUCCCCAAAAGAGCACCAGAGCGUGCGAAUGCAACGUUCCCAACUGGACAAUGCCACAUGGAAUGCAGAAAAAACAUCAGGGGGGACAUCACCUUAUGCACAGCCCUCGAAAACACUCCCCAAAAGAGCACCAGAGCGUGCGAAUGCAACGUUCCCAACUGGACAAUGCCACAUGGAAUGCAGAAAAAACAUCAGGGGGGACAUCACCUUAUGCACAGCCCUCGAAAACACUCCCCAAAAGAGCACCAGAGCCUGCGAAUGCAACGUUCCCAACUGGACAAUGCCACAUUGAAUGCAGAAAAAACAUCAGGGGGGACAUCACCUUAUGCACAGCCCUCGAAAACUCUCCCCAAAAGAGUACCAGAGCGUGCGAAUGCAACGUUCCCAACUGGACAAUGCCACAUGGAAUGCAGAAAAAACAUCAGGGGGGACAUCACCUUAUGCACAGCCCUCGAAAACACUCCCCAAAAGAGCACCAGAGCCUGCGAAUGCAACGUUCCCAACUGGACAAUGCCACAUGGAAUGCAGAAAAAACAUCAGGGGGGACAUCACCUGAUGCACUACCCUCGAAAACUCUCCCCAAAAGAGUACCAGAGCGUGCGAAUGCAACCUUCCCAACUGGACAAUGCCACAUGGAAUGCAGAAAAAACAUCAGGGGGGACACCACCCGAUGCACAGCCCUCGAAAACUCUCCCCAAAAGAGCACCAGAGCCUGUGAAUGAGAGCGAGUGCCGUGAGCGGCGAGGAUCACAGGCCCAGCGGCCAGUGCUUCAUGGCUGCCGACGGCCAGCUCUACUGGCAACCGACACCACAACGCCGCGCCGCCCCCAGGGGCAACAACCAAGGACCGCUGCAUUGACGCAGCAGAUCCCUCAAGCGGGUCCCGUGGACGGGGGACCAGCGUACGACAGCCGCUACACUGCAGAGCGCUCCGGCGCAGCGCCGGCUUCCACGCCGAGGACGGAAGCCCCUGACUCAAGGCAAGGGGCGGCCAAGCCGGCCGAUCCCGCCCAUGGGGCACAGCAGCCCACAGCGGAGGCAGAGCCACGGAAGAGGAAGCCGUCGGUGUUGCUGUUCCUGGCGUGCUCCGUGGCGUUCAUCGCACUCGCCGUGGCGGUCAUCCUGGUGUACACCUUCGGCAGCCCCGCUACGGCGAGGCGCCUCAAGAGCCCGCGCUUCUGCGGCGACGUGCCUUCCUGGAGGACGAACCGCCUCAAGAAUGACUUCAUGAAGUGCUCGGAAGAGUCCUGCUCCAAGAUCGUGUGCGGACCGAUCAACGACACUUGGUGCCUGACUGGGGCUCCGCCAUUCGAGAACAAGUGCGAGUGCUGCGACUGGUGCAUCGUCCGAGACCUCGUCUGCGGCAAGCGGGCUCGGGUGAGCAGCGGCUCCAAUCCGUACGCUUCCUGUCAGACCAGUUGCGGACGCCUCUGAAAAGCCACAC